AUGGAACACCUAAAUGAGGAGCUAGCAGAACCAGUUAGCCCUAUGGGACAAUACUUCAAUAGCUCUGUUCUAUGCAUAUAUAUUAUUGGAGUUUUGGAAUUUGAAGUUCCCAUAGAUGACUUACAAACCUUCACUCUUAUUAAAGAUGUUUUCCUCCCUAUCAAUCCGCGCUUCUCUUCCAUCAUGGUUGAAGAUAAAGAUGGAGAGAAACGAUGGAAACAAGUUGAAGUCAAUUUGAAAGAUCAUGUGCACUUUCCCAAAUUCCCUAAAGGGGAAACAGUGAAAUCUUAUGACAAGUUUUUUCAUGAUUAUUUAUCAAGCACAGCCAUGGAGCAAUUACCACAAAGCAGACCUUUAUGGAAAAUUCAUGUAAUCACCUACCCUACGAUAGAUGCAUCUAGCAGUAUCAUAUUUAAGCUUCACCAUGCACUUGGAGAUGGUUAUUCUCUCGUUGGUGCUCUUCUUUCUUGUUUACAACGAGCAGAUGAUCCCUCUCUUCCCUUGUCAUUUCCUACUCUAAGAUCAUCAAAGCCACAAUCAUCAACUAAAAACUUUUGGAGAAGAAUUUCUUGGAUUUUGUCCUCUGCCUUAAACACUGCCUCAGAUUUUGGAUGGAGUGUAUUGAAGAGUAGCAUCAUUAGUGAUGAUAAAACACCAAUAAGGUCCGGAGAUGAAGGAAUCGAAUUUCGCCCAAUUUCCAUAUCAAGUAUGGAUUUCUCCCUUGAUCAUAUCAAGAACAUCAAGUCCAGGCUCGGAGUGACAAUAAACGAUGUGAUCACUGGAAUCGUGUUCUAUGGGACUAGGUUAUAUAUGCAAGACAUGGACUUCAAGUCAAAAACAGCAGAAUCCACUGCAUUGGUCUUAUUGAAUACUAGAAAUAUCGAAGGUUAUCAAACAAUAAAUGAUAUGCUACACAAUAAAGCCAAGGGUCCAUGGGGGAAUAAAAUUUCCUUCUUGCACGUACCAAUACCGAAAUUGAAUCAAAACAGAACGUCAAACCCUCUAGAUUUCAUUUGGGACUCACACAAAAUAAUCAAGAGAAAGAAACAAUCUUUAGCUGUUGCCCUCACGGGAACUCUUUUGGACAUUGAGAGCAGAUUCAUAGGACAAGAGGCAGUAGCUAAACACCUUCAAGGGACAGUAACGAAUUCAAGUACAGUGAUUUCAAGCUUGGUUGGACCCAUACAACAAAUGUCUUUAGCCAAUCAUCCUGUUAAGGGCUUGUAUUUCACGUUGGCUGGUGGACCUGAGAGUCUUGCCAUUUCAAUCAUGAGCUAUGUGAGAGUGCUUAGGGUUACCCUAAAAUUAGAAAAGGACUUUAUAGAUGAAGAAAAAUUGAAGUCAUGCAUACAAAAUGCAUUUCAGAUGAUACACAAAGCAGCUACAGCAAAUUCCUGA